AUGGCACUUCGCAAACUGUUGGGAAGCAAACCCGAAACACCAUAUGCCAAACUCCCACCACUACAUGUUGUUGUGUUAAAACUAAAAGAUGCACCAAAAGUUGUGGCAUGGGAUUUUAAAGACACACAUGUCACCCCCACUUGCACGAAACAAAACAAAAUUGCCGUCCUUAGUGAUGGUGAUUCACUUACAAAAAUCACUUUGUAUGAAGCAAUGGCUUCAAAAGUGCAAGAAGGUCACAGCUACUUCAUGCGCGGCUGGACUGUUACAGGGAGCUCUGCUCCAUAUACUUUAGCUGUUGGCACAGCUACACAGUUCUUUAGAGGCUCUGAUAUAUACUGCUCUGAAGACUUACACAACAGAGCUGAAACCUUACUGGACCCGUCUACUCCUUUAGUUGACCUUCGCCACUGCCAACAACAGCAGGGUCUGAUGUCUGUUCAGGGAGAAGUUGCUGAGGUCAGUAGAAUGUUUUACAAUACAGUUUUUUUUUUUUUCACAUUACAAACAUCACACAUUAUGACAAUAUUUUUACACUUCCCAAUUCUUAUUCUCUAAAUACAGAACUUUUCUUUUUUAGGUGUCAUCUAUUCGGAAAGUGCAGUCGGGAAGAGAUGCUGUACCUGUGAAGAGCAUUGUUCUGCAGCAGGUAAUCUCUGAUACAUUAUUUUUGUAACAUUUCCAAUCUCACAUGGUAUACAUCAGACAAUCACGUAUUACAUUCACAAAGACACACACUCUUAAUAUAACACAUACUCUUCAAAUAACUAUGUCUGUGCUUACUAAUGCUUUGGUCAUUUAUGACUACUGACAAAACAAUAAUUCAGUUCACACAAGGGUGUCUUUAACCUUUGUUUGUCACUGUACAAUAAUGACCAUGUCAAUUUCACUUAUGAUAAUUACUCCACAAUCUACAUUAUGUAAUGAUACAUAUUCACAGACAGUUCAUAUUACAAUUUCUACAUCCAUUCACAUAUAUUUCAUUUACUUUAACACCAUAUCUCUAAUCUGGGUCUUUUGCUUAUAUAACACAACUACCAAACUGCUUUUGCUGGUGUCACUUGUGCUUUUAUUACAAAUGAUAACAUAUGCUCUUACAUUUUACAGGACAACAUUAAGGUCACAUUGUCACUGUGGAGGGAGGCUGCAAUGCAACCUAUAAAUGUGGGAGAAGUGCUCGAAGUCAGCCAUGUCAAGGGACGCACAACUCAAUAUGGCAUUCAAAUGGGAACCACCAACUUCACCAGAAUUCAGGUACUUACUAGUUGCCUUGUAUUUCACUUCAAUCACCUCCAUGACAUUUAUAUCCUCACUAAUCAUCAUUGAGAUCCUCUAAACCAGUGGUUCCCAACCUUUUCUGUAUCACGGACCACUUUCAUGCAGUACACUUUUUCGAAGGAUCAGGUAGGUGUGUGGAGGUUCCAAUAACAAGAACCUUAAUCAGUACAUAGUAUGUACAUACUACAACAAUUGAAUACAACAAUCUGAAUACAACAAUUACAUUUUAUAUUACGCACUUUCAUUACACUUUAACAUCAACUCACCAUAAUGCACAAUCAACCCUUUCUCUCUCCAGUGAACUCUGUUUCUGCCUCAUUUUUGCAAGGGCUACGUUGUGUUACUAAUGCAAAAAAAUUACAUUCCCAAGACUCAAGCGAAAAAAUUAGGUGAUCCGAACUGGUGCUCUUACAAAAUAAGAUACUAACAUUUACUAACAUACAGUAUUCUAACAUACUGAUUGAUUCACAUACUGGUACUGGUCUGGGGCCCAGUGGUUGGGCACCUCUGCUCUAAUCCAUUAUAUACCUUAUCAAACACAUUGAAAUUCUCAUUCAUAUACAACUAACAUAUACAACAUACACACAAUAAUCUCAUUUCAGCCAAGCUCAUGUCAAACUCUCAUAAUCCCACAAAAAAAACAACUUUGACACCUUAUUACUUCCAUAGUCCUAUUUAUUUGUACUUAAUUCUUUUACUUGUUUCAUGUUCUUAGCCAGUGUACUGUAUGUUAUUAUACUGUUUCUUUCUCCAAUUCAGUACAAGUACUAACAGUUCCUCAGGCCAAUGACACUUUACACUAAACUAUAUUGACACUUUCCAAAUGCCAAACACACAUAAACCUAAUCAUCAUACUCUUUCCCUAUGUUUUCUACACUUCUCCACAGAAACAGCAAACUCUACAACAAUUAACCAUCCUUGGUGUCCUCACAAAAGACGAUGUUCCAUCAUGCAGCACUACUCCUGCUGACACCAUCAUAGAGGUACUGCUGGUCACUGGAAGCACUCUCCAAAUCCCUGAAACUUUGUGGGACCCUGCCUUUGAUGACCUCAUCCUCCAAGCGCCACUUAAUGUUACCGCUAAGGUUGAAGGUAAACUCAUCACCUCUAUCAAACUAAUAUAA